AAUGCUUAACAUCGCUCCUCUGUUCUUCCUAUUUUUUUCGCUCGAUUUCGGAAGAAACUUUAUUUUUUCCACAACACAGUGUGACAAAUUCAUGAGAAAUGGACGCGAGCUCAGAGGCUGAAUUUGAGAAAGUGAAAUGCCUGCUCGAUCGGAUAAGUUGGCCGAUGACACUCUUGGGGAUUUGGCCGAAGAACCUGACACGAUCAGGACAAUUAAAAUUCACCAUCUUCAUUACAUAUUUCACUAUUCAUCUCUCCAUGCAGUUGUUGGAUCUCGCCAAUGUCAUGGGAAAUUUGGAGCUCGUGGUACUGAAUCUGACGGAAUCAGCGUUUCAACUUAUGGCGAUGAUCAGAAUGCUCAUAAUCCGUCUUGACAAAACAACAUGUCGAAUUAUUGAUGCAAUCGAGGAAGAUUUGGAGAUCAAGAAUUUUAGGAAUAUUGAGGAAAUCAGAAUUCUUGCGCAGUAUUCAUCGAUUGCUGUGAAAUUUUACCGGCUGGGAAACCGAUUUGUAACAGUCACUGCUGUCAUUUAUUAUGUGACACCUCUGCAGUCAUAUCUUAUAGCAAAAAUGACAAAUGGAACGGCAAUUCUGGUGAAUCCUUAUCGGAUUUAUCAUUUCAUUGAUCUGUCACCCAUCGAGAGAACUGCAGUUGUCUACGCCGUUCAGUUCCCGAUGAUCUACACCGGUCUAUUCUACGUGACAUCUUACAGCCUUUUACUGGGAUUCGUCAUGAAUCUCUGCGGUCAACUUGCCGUUCUCAGUCGUCGAAUCACAACGAUGAAGAACGACGAUGCUGAUCCCCGCAUUGUUUUUCGCCGACACACCCAGCGGCACAUAAAAAUUAUUGUAACGGCGCAAUGGCUCAAUGAUACAUUUCAUGCAGCUCUUCUGUACGAGCUCCUCGCUACCACUGUUUUGUUAGGUCUUGUCGUCUACCAAUUUUUAUUGAAUAUUGAUGAUGCUAAUGCCCUUGGUGUAUGCAAAUUGGCAACGUACAUCCUAUCUAUGAUAAUAUUAGUAUACGUUAAUUGUUUCAUGGGGGAGUGUUUGAAUACUGAGUGUAACGCACUUCUAAAUGCGUACUAUCAGUGCAAUUGGUACGAGAUGUCACCUUUCUACAAGAAAGCAUUGAUCAUAUGCAUGGAAACAACUCAAGAGCCAAUUCGAUUAACAGCAGGAAAGUUCUAUGUAUUUUCAUUAGAAGGUUUUACGCAGAUAAUGAAAUCAUCGAUGGUGUACGUGUCACUGCUGCGGACAAUGAUUUAAUGUGAAGGGCAUCAGAUCCGGUGGUCAGAAAAAUACCCUCACCCGUCGACAACCUCAUUAUUAGAGAUAUCUAGAGUCAUUUGUAAUUUAGAGACCUGCCAUCAGUGUCUGGGAAUCCAACACGUAAACACUUGCAAUAACAAAUUGAUUAUA